AAUAGGCUGGUAACUGGGAUAAGCGGCCUGGGAAUGGGAGCUGGGAAGAGGGAAAGGAGAAAGGCCGGGAGCUGGGGUAGGGGAGAAAGGUUGGGGAAUACUGGGGGAUCCAGUAGGAAAAAGCCCAAGCAACAGCAGCAGAUAGAGGAUGACAGCGAUGAUCCUCAGACAUACAGCAAAUUGCCAAAUCCAAAUAUUAACUCUUCAGAAUAUUUUAACGAUGACGUGGAUGAAUUUCAUGAAAAGAAGCUCCAGAAGCUGCUGGCUGAUGGAGUCAUGCUGGAUAGUGCGAAUGAAGACUCUGAGGAUGAGGAAGAGGUGAUGCCCUUGGAGAUUCCUGACUCUGAGGAGGAAGAUGAAGAUGAGGAAGAUGUUGACAUGGAUAGUGACCUUGAGGGCAAAUUGGAGGCUGGCCUCCCCAAUGAUUUGGCCUGGGGCCAGAAGAAAGCAGCAUAUUACAAUACAGACUAUGUCGACGAGCUUCCACGUGGUAAGGGCCAGGCAGAGGCACUGGCAGAAGCUGAGGAGGAGGAACAAGAGGCUUUGAAUAUUCAGAAACGUUUGGCUGAGAAUCUCACAGAGGAUGACUUUGGACUUGACCUUAUUCAGGCAUUUGCCCAGGAACAGGAGGCUGAGAGAGAGCCAGAAAAGGAUCUGAAAAUCAAAAAGGAUUUGAAGAAAAUGUCCCAUAAAGAACAGAUGAAACUGCUGAAGAAAGAGUCACCAGAGCUUCUGGAACUCAUUCAGGACUUCAAAGCGAAGCUUGCAGAAUUGAGGGAUGAGCUGCAUCCACUGAUGGAGAUGGUGCAGAGUGGGAAAAUACCUGCAGGGAAGGGUGCCAACUAUGUGCAGACCAAGUACCACCUGUAUUUGAACUACUGCACAAACAUUAGUUUUUACCUGAUACUGAAGGCAAAGCGGAUCCCAGUGCACAAUCACCCAGUAAUUGAGAGACUGCUCACCUACAGAAAUCUGAUCAAUGACUUGGUUGGAGUAGGUGAGAAGCUGUCACCUGAAAUCCAACAGCUUUUGAACCCGGUUAGUCAAGAGCAUGGAUCAGUUGCGGAAAAAGAUCAACUCGCCUCCGAGGUGAAGAAAGCCCAGAAUCAAUUGAGCAAACAAGCUAAAGCUGAACAAAGGGCAGAAGAAAAGGUCACUGAUCAGGAAGUCUCUGGGGACUCCGAAUCUGAUGCGGAUGAAGAAGCAGCAUUCCAAUAUUAUAAGGAAAUGGAGGAGAGGCUGACACACAAGAGAAAGCAAGCUCAACUGAACAGCAAUGAGGACAGUGCUGUGGUAAAGGAAGUGCUUGGUCCAGAUGGAAAGAGAAAGAUCACGUACCAGAUCGCUAAGAAUAAAGGUCUCACGCCCAGGAGGAAGAAGAUUGAUCGUAAUCCCCGAGUGAAGCACCGAGAGAAAUUCAGACGUGCUAAAAUACGAAGAAAGGGCCAGGUACGUGAAGUCCGUAGAGAGGAACAUCGAUAUGGCGGUGAGCUGUCUGGUAUCCGUGCCGGAGUUAAGAAGAGCACCAAGCUUCAGUGAUCUUGCUGCCUCCUGUCAAACAUCUGCAACUUGGAAGCCAGGGGCGUACCCACUCUGCCUCUUUGUGAUAUACUUAUAGAGUUCAAUAAAUAAUUUGUACAUUUUUACUGUGCUUAUGAUUUAUUGAUAAAGCAGAUGUAUUGAUAAGUGGACUCAUGGGGCUUGUAAUUACAGGCUAUUAAAAUAUAUUUACACCUA